CACCGUUCGGCUUGGCCGGCUAUUUUUUCCCGAGGUAGGCAGGCUGCGAAAAAAUUAACUUCGUUCCCGCUUCGGUUUUGGCGGUAAACUCUGUAAGCUUCUUCUUUUUGUCACAAACCAAGCAUCGACGCCUGCAGGUGACGCUAGUUAUAUCUGGGGCUUUGUCACUUGAGUCACUGACCAACUACUGAUGCAGUAGAGACUCGAGAAGGUGACGGAUUCUUGAUUGGGGUUUCUGGGCAAGCAGCAAUGCCAGUUGAAUCACCAGUUAUCAAGCCUAUAAACAAGGCGGCUGUUCACAGAAUCUGUGCCGGUCAAGUGAUCUUCGACCUUUCAUCUGCGGUUAAGGAAUUAGUCGAAAACAGCUUGGAUGCUGGCGCGACUAGCAUUGAAAUUGCCUUGAAAGAUUAUGGCGAAGAAUGGUUCCAGGUCAUCGAUAAUGGGUGUGGUAUUUCACCUAAUAAUUUCAAGGUUCUUGCACUUAAGCAUCACACCUCAAAAUUAUCAGAUUUUCCUGAUCUUCAGUCUCUCACCACAUUUGGCUUUAGAGGGGAGGCGUUGAGUUCCCUUUGUGCUCUGGGGGGUUUGACAGUUGAAACAAGAACAAAGAAUGAGUCAGUUGCCACACACUUGACUUUUGACCAUUCAGGUCUACUGGUAGCUGAGAGGAAAAUCGCACGUCAAAUUGGCACCACCGUCACUGUUAAAAAGUUAUUUUCUAACUUACCUGUCCGAAGUAAAGAAUUCAGGCGUAACAUACGCAAGGAAUAUGGAAAGUUAGUUUCGCUAUUGAAUGCAUAUGCCCUUAUUGCCAAAGGUGUUCGUUUUGUCUGUACCAACACAACUGGAAAAAAUGCAAGGUCUGUGGUCCUUAGGACCCAGGGAAGUGGUUCUCUCAAAGAUAACAUUAUAACAGUCUUUGGCAUGAACACCUUGAGCUGCUUAGAGCCUGUGACAUUAUGCAUAUCUGAUGGCUGCAAGGCUGAAGGUUUUCUUUCCAAGCCCGGACAGGGAAGUGGACGUAAUUUAGGAGAUAGGCAGUAUUUUUUUGUUAAUGGCAGACCAGUAGACAUGCCUAAAGUCAGCAAACUUUUAAAUGAAUUAUACAAAGGUGCAAAUUCACGGCAAUAUCCUAUCGCAAUUUUGAAUUUUUCAGUUCCAUCUAGAGCAUAUGAUGUGAAUGUGACUCCUGAUAAGAGGAAGAUAUUUUUUUCUGAAGAAAGUUGCCUAUUGCAUGCCCUCAGAGAGGGAUUCCAGCAAAUUUAUUCUCCUAGUAGUGUUCGUUAUUCUGUUAAUGAACCUGAACAGCCUGCUGUGGGCGAAGACUGUAUUGAGCUGUGUUCUUCUCAUAGUAAGUCUCUUAUCAUGAGUGACUUUACUUUUCAAGAGGAGUGUAAUACUGAAUUCAACAAUGCUAGUGUUCCUCAGGAGGAGUGGAAAGAGAAGGAUAAUAAUCAGUCCCACUUUGUUUCUGAACCUGUUCCUGAUGAUCAGUGCUUUCAUGCUGAAGAACAGUCUAACAAUGAAAAUAAUAGAAGCGCAUUGGGAAAGGAUUUAACACUUAGAGCUCAUGGGACAUUAAAAUCUGAUAAAAGUGUAAGACAGACAAUGCACUCUAACAGUACCGUGCCUGAUCAAGCUGCUUUUGUGUUCAAAGCAGUUGACAAUGGGGUCGCUUCAAAUAAAAGUUCAUGUAAUCAUUCAAGUCAUGUCCAGUCAACUCUUAAGAAAUUUGUUACCAUAAAUAAAAGAAAGCAUGAUAACAUCAGUACAACCUUAUCUGAAGUGCCUGUCCUGAGAAAUCAAUAUCACCAUUGUCAACCACAAACUGUGAAUACAGAAACGCAUGACUCGAUUACAAGACCGUCGCACCAUCAUGACCAAAAUGAUGAAACUGGGAAGGUGAAUUGGAAUGAGUCUUUGGAGCAUCUUAGUCCUGAUAAUGAUACCCACAGAAGUGAGCAUUUAAUUUCUUCUCUUGAUGAUUCAGGUGUAAAAGAACCUGAAAUGGAGUUAGAUCAAGCGAAAGAAGCAUCUAGCACUGAUUUGAUCAAUAUCUCAGAGCGUGUUUUUGUCUCAGACCAUCAAGUAUGUUCAUCUACUUCAAAGAAAUCAUCUGAUCAGAAGAUAUGCUCAAACUUGCAAUUUUCUUUCCAAGACCUUAAGACUAGGAGAAAGAAGAGGCGUUCUAUGUUGCAAUCCAGUAAUUACAGAUUUCAAGAAGUGAAUGUCAAAAGUUGCUACUCUGCUGCAAACUUAAAGUUUUCAGAGCUGGAAAUUGAAGAGCAGAAAGAAAGAGCUUUAUGCGCUGCAACAACUGAGUUGGAAAGACUCUUUAAGAAGAAAGACUUCAGCAGAAUGAAGGUGAUUGGGCAAUUCAAUCUUGGUUUUAUCAUUGGGAAAUUGGAUCAGGAUUUAUUUAUUGUGGAUCAGCAUGCUGCGGAUGAGAAGUACAAUUACGAGCGCCUUUCACAAUCAACCAUCUUGAACCAGCAGCCUUUGCUUAGGGCUCUAAGAUUGGAGCUAUCCCCUCAAGAAGAAAUCGUUGUUUCAAUGCACAUGGACAUAAUCAGAAAGAAUGGGUUUACAUUGGAAGAGGAUCCAAAUGCUCCACCUGGAUGCCGUUAUAAAUUGAAGGCUGUCCCCUUCAGUAAAAACAUAGUCUUUGGAAGUGAAGACGUUAAGGACCUGGUUUCUACGUUAGCUGAUGAUCAAGGGGACUGCUCCAUUACUGGUAGUUAUAAGCUGGACACGUCAGAUUCUAUUUGCCCUCCAAGAGUUCGUGCAAUGUUGGCAUCGCGUGCAUGUCGAUCAUCCAUUAUGAUUGGAGAUCCACUUGGAAGAAAUGAAAUGCAGAAGAUUCUGGGGCAUUUGGCUGACCUGAAAUCUCCAUGGAAUUGUCCCCAUGGCAGGCCUACAAUGCGUCAUCUAGUGGACUUGACAUCAAUUCACAAGAGGUCAGAAUUAAAGAACGUAGAUUGAUUCACAAGAAAAUUCUGACUGCCGCUCUUGCGAUUCAGAGUUUAACCUAUUUGUACAACUUAUUUUUGUACUUGUCAUCCUUCAUCUUAACCAUGGAACAAGUACCAAUGCACAUAAAAUUCGUCCUGUUGUAUAUUUGUGAGUUGCAUGAAGGAGUAAGUUACUUUCACAUAAACGCGUGAUAUGGAUGUAAGUUGCUGACUUGUGAUAUCUUCUUUAAGUGCGGGACUUUACAACUA